AGGGAGACCAUAGCCCCUCUCCUUCCAAGAAGAACCCACUUGCUUCUUCUCUUAUAUAAAUUCAAUCAUCCAAUAUAUUUCUAUUCAACCCAAUAGAGAUAUCAAAGCAUCCAUAGCUUAGACGUCGUGCAAGAAAACAUCGAUCAUAAUCGUCAAUGGCAGGAGUUGGCAACAGGGCAAAUGUUGAUUUCGAAGACUUGUUACCGGAGAUGGCGGACAAGCUCGGUGGCGAGGGGCUGAUAAGGGAGCUCUGCAAUGGUUUCCAGCUGCUUAUGGACAAGGAGAGAGGGGUCAUUACGCUUGAGAGCUUGAGGAUGAACUCUGCUGUUCUGGGCCUUCAGGAUUUGAGAGAGGACGAGCUAGUGAGUAUGUUGAAGGAAGGUGACUUGGAUGGAGAUGGAGCUCUGAAUCAGAUGGAGUUUUGCGUUUUGAUGUUUAGAUUGAGUCCUGAGCUGAUGGAGGAGAGUUGGGUUUGGCUUGAGCAGGGCUUGCAGGAGGAGCUAAAUAGUAAUACUAAGAGACCUUGAUCUUGAUUUGUAUGUAUGUAGAAACUGAGGAAGAGUUUUGUGCUUUUUCCUCGGUUUGGUUGCAUUCUAGUCUUUACAUCUUCAUUGUUGUUCAUUCUGAAGCAAUGAAAUUGAAUACAGAGGAAUUAGUAGA